AUGGCAUCCUCAGCCCACAUCACCGGCUACAGCAGGAUGCGCAAGGCGGAGCUCGUCGCGGCGCUCGCUCCGGUGGCGAAGAUAGCAAAACGCACGGCCGCUCGAAAGACGCCAACAACCGACGACGGUCUCGCCGGUCUGACCGUCAAAGAAUUGCGAACGCGAGCCAAGCAAGCGGGCGUGGCCGUUCCGGCCAAGGCGCGAAAGGCGGACAUCAUCCGAGCGCUCUACGCACAGCCGGCCAAAAAAAGGCUGGCCAAAAGGACUUCGCGGCCGCAACCCGCUGCGCUUCCGGUUGCAUCUCCGCAGCCCGAGCGCCUAGGCAUCUUCGCCGGCGUGAGCCACGCGCUCUACCCCCAUCCCGUCGGAAGUCUGGCCGAUCGCGAAUUCCUCGCGCAAAACAAAAGCCUCUACAAGCGCCACCACGGCAACUUCUGGUCCGAUUUCAUCGCCGAGAUCGCCAACCACGAACGCGUGCGCGAUCUGUGUUCGGUGGACGAUCGCGGACGCCCCAUGGCCCUCGUCGUCGGCGUGAGCAGGAACGCGCGCAUGUCGCCCACCAAACAGAUCGCCGACAUGAACGAGGCCAACGCCGAGGCGAACGGGCUAACGGUCGAGAUGCUCAGAAAGCGCGUCAUCAACCACUGGGGCAAGAUACAUGCGCUGAAGCCCCCGCCGGGCUACUUCAAGAUCACGCACCGUAAGGAGGCGGGAGGAUCGAGCGUUCCGAUUUCCGAGAGAUGGAUGCGUUCAUCCGGCAUCGGACGAUGCGGCGACGAUCGGCCGUGGCUCCCAAUAUCGGUCGGCGUCCAUUUAGCCGAGGGCGCGAGACACGCCAUGUUCGUGCUCAUCAAUCGCGGCACCGGUCACACCUACCUCUUCGAACCCAACGGUGCAUACGCACAAACGGCGCGACGCUUCGCCUACGCACUGGGCCUCUUGCCGCCGCUCUACCAGUUGCUGAUGACUGAGGGCGGCAUGUCCCCAUCGGAGUGGCGCACCACCACCUUCGUCACCGACAAUCCACUCUCUGGGGACAGUUACGGUAUUGGUCCGCAAGGACGGCAAGGUGUGCCCACUCAACUACUCGAUCAUGCGAGCGGGACGUGCGCGGCGUGGUCGAUCCUGUUCUACCACCUGUUCAUCCUGAAUCACAUGCUCGAACCCGACGACAUACUCAAGCACAUGCUGGAUCCGAAACAGCGCCAGUAUCUGGGCCACAUCAUCGGGCGCUACUCCAUGUUCGUCGCGAAAAACGUCCUGAACAAGCUGCAGCGCAGUGCCGAGGAUUAA